GCGUGGACACACUUGGAGAUGUCUCGGCAGCAUUACGCACGACGACACGAUACACGCUAGAGCCUCCGUUAGAAGGACAGGACACUUUCAAUGCGUAACCGGACUAAGUCUUAACUUUUGUCUCGGAAAGCCCUUUAUUUCCAGGCUCCUCAUCACGUCUUUCUGAUAUUUUCCUGCCGGCGGCUGAAACUCGGAUCCCCCUUUAACAACAACAGCAGUAUUGGGUCUGGAUGACUUUCCUCCUCGUGUCCUCGGGUCACUGUGACUGUAGUGGAUUGGAAACGAUGUAAACAGUUUGGGGAGGAAACAAACUCCGCAGAGCAACAGUUUCUUUUCCAGAGAUCCCAAAAAGAGAGGAUGAUCCCACCGGCCAACAUGAUUCAGGACGAAAGUGGGGGCAACGAGGAAGAUCAGGACCAGAUUGAGACACCAACCCCGACAACGGACUCCAGCCAGCAGGAAACCAAGAAUACUGUGAGGCCUGAACAUCAGAAGCGCAAGCUGCAGAGACUAAAACGCUCCUUGUCCUUCAAGACCAAGACCAUGCGCAGCAAGAGCGCGGACAACUUCUUCAGAAACAGCAACGACAACAAGACGGAGCUGCUCUCAGACGUGAGCAGCAGCACGGGACAUCUCUGCAACAUGGCCCCGCCGCACACCACCCACCUGCCCAUCCCCCCCGUCCCUCCAGCCAUCCCCUCCGCUCCCCCCCCCAACUCACAGUCCCAGAUACGCAACCCGCUGCAGGUAGACUCGGCAGGACACUGCUUCAUGGAGCACAUCUUCAAGAAGCCCACGUUCUGUGACGUCUGCAACCACAUGAUCGUAGGUACAACAGCCAAGCAUGUGGUGUUCCUGGCGGGAAACACAGCAAAGCACGGCCUCCGCUGCAAAGCCUGCAAGAUGAGCCUCCACCACAAGUGUGAAAACGGAGUGGGACAGCAGCGCUGCAUGGGCAAACUGCCAAAAGGCUUUCGGCGGUACUACAGCUCUCCAUUACUGAUCCAGGAACAGUAUGGCUGCAUCAAAGAAGUCAUGCCCAUCGCCUGUGGAAACAAAGUGGACCCUGUGUACGAGGCCUUGAGGUUUGGCACGUCGCUGGCACAAAAAGCCAAGAGGCCCAGUGGCUCUGAGUCUCCUCAAAGAAACUCGACCAGUGACUUGGAUAAUGUUCCAGAGGAAGUGGUGGCUCACAGCAGCAGGCAGGAGCUGUCGAGAAAACACAGCGAUGAUGUUUUCACAGUAAUCGAGAACGGAAAUGAGCAUUACCUCCAGCCAGAGAGAAGUCCUGACGACUUGCCGUUGGAGCAGAUCCACCUACAACAAGAUGUCCUUAAGCUCAACACCUAUGUGGCCUUGUUCAGCUUUACUCCCCAAGACAGCCAUGACCUGGAGAUGAGCGCAGGAGACAGAAUCUUAGUGGCUGACGACUCGAAUGAUGACUGGUGGAAGGGGGUUAUUGAGGACAGGAUCGGUUACUUCCCGGCGGCCUAUGUUCAUCAGGCUGGGAUUGAGGACCAAGUGUUCAGGUGUAACAGGACGUUCAUCGGCUGUAAGGAACAAGGACAGAUCACCUUAAAGGAGGGACAGAUCUGUGUGAGCAGUGAGGGCGAACACAGCGGCUUCAUCAGAGUGGCGAGUGGAAAGAAGAGAGGCUUCGUGCCCUACGAUGUUCUGGAAAUCAUAUGAGACAAGCACUCGGAGACAGAAAGAGAGAGACUGAGACAACCAAGAGGAGGAGGAAACUAAAACUGCCAAAUGGCUCAGAGAAACCAGGGAGAGACUUUGCCUCGUCAGACGUUUUGAUGUUAAAGUGAUACUGGUUUUGUGAAUGAAGACUCUGCUUUGUUGUGGGUCAGAGUCUCCGUACCUUCUUCCCUCUAACACAGAGCUAGAUGCUAAAGUAGACAUUAUAGUGUGUUUGCUAAACAGAAGCCCUCUGUUUCACUGGAUUUGAUUUAAUUUAUAAAGCUGAUUGAAGUGUUUCUGUUCCCCUUAGUUUGAUUUUGCCACAAACGGUUUGUUUUUAAAAAUGGAAACUCCCGUCUGGCUGUUUAAGCCAAAGAAAAGGAAACAAACACAAAGCACAUCCAAUGGCAUUCCUCUUACAAAUAGUUUAGUUUCUCAUGCUUUGACAUCAUGUUGCGGGCAAAAGUUUAGCUUUUAAUCCAAGGAUUUGAAGUUUGUAAUAAAUGGCUGAUUAUUUUGGAUGACAAAAUGCCAGAUGUCAGAAGGCAAUGGAAAAUUGUAUCACAGUAAACCUACUUCGGAAUCUUUUUUUUCAACUUGCCAUAUAACUUCCAAACUACAGUGACAGUCCUAAGGUAGAAGGUGAUUCACAACAAAGAGAUUUGAGAGUAUUUUCAGAGGAAUUUGUCACAAUCAAAGACUUCAGAAAUGCUCAGUGGUCUUUUCAAAAUAUCGCCCUCAUAUUCCCCAGAUUUCAAAUGUCUGACUCAUUGCAUUUCCUGAAUUACUCAAUGGUGACGGUAAUAUGCAUUUUUUAUUUAUCGUUAAAAUCAGAACCCUUAUUUAAAAUCUGUGUUCCACUAGAAAACAAACUUGUUAUUUACGAAUGUUUACCUUUUAAAUUGUUUCCAUGCUUUGGGAUCCAUUUGACUGAUCUUUUAAGGCUUGUCUUUAAUUAAAUUAUUUCUCUUUUUGGUGAUUCUGAGAGGUGUUACAUCAUAGUAGAUAUAGUAUAUCUCUUAAAGGUUGUUCUGCACUAAAACGUGGCUUUAUUGAAUAUCCUGUAAAUACUGUACAUACAAAAUAAAAAAAUAUUCUUUAUCACAACAAACCAAAA